AUGGCAGUUACACAGGAUGUUCACAAAGUCGACUGGAAACUCGGUCGUUCAGAUGACAACUCAGAUUUUAGCUCACAUACAUUGGCCAAGCCUUCAUCAAAUUCCAAGGUUCGAUUUUCUUCACCUGAAGACUUUGUGCGUAAAUCAGGCGGUGUUAGAAUAAUCGAGAAGAUUCUGAUCGCGAACAAUGGUAUAGCAGCUGUGAAAUGUAUGCGUUCUUUACGAAAAUGGUCAUAUGCUACAUUCGGCAGUUCCGAUGUUUUACGUUUCGUAUGUAUGGCAACACCAGAAGAUAUACAAGCUAAUGCUGAAUAUAUCAAAAUGGCGAAUAAAAUGGUUCUGGUACCAGGUGGUUCCAAUGUAAAUAAUUACGCUAAUGUUGAACUAAUUCUACAAACUGCUGUAACUAAUGAAGUUGAUGCUGUGUGGGCUGGUUGGGGUCAUGCAUCGGAAAAUCCUCAAUUGCCUGAUGUGCUCAGUAAACAUAAUAUUGCAUUUCUUGGCCCAUCGCAUCAGGCUAUGUGGACACUUGGUGACAAGGUUGCUUCUACAAUACUUGCUCAAAGUGCUCAUGUACCCACUCUUCCUUGGAGUGGUUCUGAUCUAACUAUAUCACUUGAUCGAUCUGUCAAUGGUCACUGUUCUAAUAACGAACCAGAAACAAAUGAUAAUUUAACACUGAAUAUGGUAAAAUCUACUGGCCUACCACAGAGAUCAUCAUCUGUAUAUUCUCGUCUAAUAUCUGAAGAUUUAUAUCGUUCUGGUUGUGUGACAGAUUUGUCAAGUUGUUUGAAAUGUGCUGAUAAAAUAGGCUAUCCAGUAAUGAUUAAAGCUUCUGCUGGUGGUGGGGGUAAAGGAAUUAGAAAAGCGUUAACUAGUGCAGAUAUUGAACGUGUUUUUCCUCAAGUACAAGCUGAAGUACCCGGUUCACCUAUUUUUGUCAUGAAAUGUGCAACAUCUGUUCGUCAUUUAGAAGUACAAAUACUAUGUGAUAUAUAUGGUCAAGCAAUUAGCAUGUUUGGUCGUGAUUGUUCAGUUCAACGAAGGCAUCAAAAAAUUAUUGAAGAAGCACCUAUUAUUGUAGCUCCAAAAGAAAUUAUUGAAAAAAUGGAACAAGCUGCUGUACGUCUUUGUAAAUUAGUUAGUUAUGUUAGUGCUGGUACUGUGGAAUAUCUAUACGAUCCAGAUUCAAAUCAAUUUUAUUUCUUAGAGUUAAAUCCACGACUUCAAGUUGAACAUCCGUGUACAGAAGUAGUUGCUGAAGUGAAUUUACCAGCUUGUCAACUACAAAUUGCUAUGGGUAUACCUUUACAUCGUAUCAAAGAUAUUCGUGAACUUUAUCUAGCUUCUCCAUGGUCUGAUUCAAUUAUUGACUUUAAUGAUUCAACUAUUAAUCGUCGUCCACCUAGUUGCUAUGUCAUUGCUGCUCGUAUUACAAGCGAAGAUCCUGAUGAAGGUUUUAAACCACGUCCUGGUGGUGUAAGGGAAUUAAAUUUUCGAAGUAAUCAAUCAGUUUGGGGAUAUUUCAGUGUUAGUAGUGCAGGUGGUAUACAUGAAUUUGCUGAUUCUCAAUUUGGUCAUAUAUUCUCAGCAGGUGAGAAUAGAGAACAUGCACGCGAGAAUAUGGUUCUAGCAUUAAAGGAAUUAUCUAUUCGUGGUGAUUUUAGAACUACAGUUGAGUAUCUUAUCAAAGUGAUGGAAUCUGAAGCUUUUAUGAAUCACAAGAUUAAUACAGAAUGGUUAGAUGCACGAAUAGCACAAAAUGAUCAAGUUGAAAAACCAGAUAUUCUACUUGGUGUUAUAUGUACUGCUUUACAUAUUGCAGAUAAUUGUUUAAAACAGUUAUUUCUUAAUUAUGAAUUACAUUUAGAAAGAGGUCAAUUUCUACCCUCAAAAACUCUGACAAAUAGUGUUGACGUAACUCUGGUAUCAGAUUCUACGAAAUAUGAUGUUAAAGUUCUACGUACUGGACCAUCGAACUUUAGUCUUAUCUGUUGUGAUACUGUAUUAGAUUUCGAAGUGCAUCGUGUACCUGGUGAUGGUUUAUUAAUUUGUCAUGAAGCUGCUAGCUAUAUGACUUAUUGUCAUGAAGAAUCUCAAGGUUACCGCACGGUAAUUAACAAUCGUACGAUGAUGUUGUGUAAAGAAACUGAUCCAACUGUUUUACGAUCUCAUUCUGCUGGAAAACUUCUUCAAUAUUGUGUUACUGAAGGAUCACAUGUUUGUGCAAAUGAAGUAUAUGCUCUUAUUGAAGUAAUGAAAAUGAUAUUUGAACUACGUGUUCCAACAUCAGGUAUUAUCACUUUGAAACGUAUUCCUGGAGCUAUUCUUGAACCUGGUACAGAAUUGGCUCGUAUUGAAUUAGAUGAAUCGAGUCAAUUGAAACCUUUACAAAUAUUCAAUGGUCCCUUCACUUUACCUACUGAAUACAGUGGUGAUAUUAGUCAAUCAUCUUCAUCAUCAUCAUCAUCAUAUUCUCGAAAAUUAUUGUUUCUUCCACAAUCUAAUAUGGUUUAUUCAUCUACAAAUAAUAUUUAUCAAUCAUCUACACAAUCAAUUGAAGAGAUCAAAUCAAAUAUUCCUCAGCAUUUAAUUAAUGAUUGGAAAUGUCUUAAUACAAAAUCAAAUUGUCUAAUUGAUUCAUUAUCAUCUAAUAACAAUGGUAUUAGUACUGGUUCAAAUGACGAUUCAAUGUGUAUGCUUACGAAUUCAUUAUCAUCGAAUUCAGCUUCUUCAACUACAAAUGGAAAAUUACAUUUACAAUUUACUCAAUUAUUAGCAUCAUUAGAACAAAUUUUAUUUGGUUAUUGUUUAUGUGAACCAUAUUUUAGUAAAUCAUUAAUGAAAACUUUAAAUCAAUUUCUUACAUUGUUAUAUAAUCCACGUUUACCACUUCAUGAAUUACAAGAUACAUUAGCACAUUUAAAAGGUCAAUUACCACCGAACAUGGAAAAAUCUUUACGUCAUCAUGCUAAACUAUAUGCAGAUCAAGCUACAUCUGUAUUAGCUAAUUUUCCUUCAGAAGCAAUUUUACAAAUAACAGAUGAAUAUUUAAAACAAAUUAAUCCUGGACAAUCAACAGAUUGUUCUGUACUAGAAUUUCAACGUAUUACUCAACGUUUAAUUGAUUUAGCAGAACGUUAUAAACAUGGUCUUCGUGGUCAUACUGUUCGUGUUAUCUCUCAAUUAUUUAUGGGUUAUGUUGUUAUUGAAAAACAUUUUCAACAUGGUCAAUAUGAUAAAUGUAUACGUCAUUUAUUAGCUAAAUGUCAAGGUUCAACUCUAUGGGGUAAUGCACCAAAAUCUGGUAUAUGUCCUGGUGAAAAUACAAUUAUUGAAGAUGAUUUAUUAAAUAAUUUUACUUAUCAUUUAGUUCCAUUUAAUUUUCGUAAUUUAAUUCAACCAAAUUCUAUUACAGAUAUUGUUUCAGUGAUAUUUUCACAUAGACAAUUAACUAUGAAAAAUGUACUCAUUAUAAAUCUUAUUCAUUCAUUAGCUGAAAGACGUGAAUUAUGUAUGACUGAUCAUUUACAAAGUUGUUUAAAAGCAUUAACUGAAUUAGGUGGUUCAAGAAAUUCUAAAGUGGCAUUAGCAGCUCGUCAAUUACUUAUUUCUGUUCAAACACCAUCAUAUGAAUUAAGACGAAAUCAAGUUGAAUCAAUUUUCUUGUCUGCAGUGGAUACAUUUGGUCAACAAGUACAUCCGGAAUUAUUAUUACAAUUGAUUAAUUCUGAAACAGUUAUAUUUGAUAUUUUAACAGAUUUUUUUUAUCAUCCAAAUCAUGCUGUGGCAAGUGCUGCAUUAGAGGUUUAUAUUAGACGUUCAUAUACAGCAUAUGAAUUAACCGGUGUUCAUCAUUUUCAAUUAUCUUGUAGUAGUUCAUUCUUUACAUUCAGAUUUUUGUUACCAAAUGAAUUUGUUUCUAAUUCUUCAAGUGUUCAUAAUAGACGUCCUUCAGAUUAUCAAAGAAAUCAUAAUUUAGAACAUUCAAUUGAUUCUCCAAUAGUUGAAAAUAUUCCAACUUAUCAUAUAUCUUCAACAUUAUUCAAUGUAAAUAAUUCUGAUUCACAAGAUUAUACUACUUCAUCAGAUACCACCUCUAUUACGAAUCAAAAAUCAACAAUGAUGAAUAAUUUUCAAAGUAUGAUUGAUAUUGAUACUACUCCUUUAUCUGGUGAACGUAUGGGUGGUAUGACAGCAUUCAAUUCUUUAAGUGAUUUGGAAGAAUCAUUCGAUGAAUUAAUUAGAUUAUUCAAUUCCGCUUGUAAAGAAGCUAAAAGUAUUCAUACUUCAUUAUCUGAACCAAUAUUUGAUUAUUCUCGUCAAUUCACUUCUGAUAUUGUUCAUCAAAAAUCACAGAAUAAUCUUACUCAUAAUAAUAUUUCAAAUAAUGAAACAAAAUUGAUCAGUUUUCAAGAUCCACCUUAUCAUACAGCUAAGUUAUUUUAUAUUGAGUUUGAUGAACUUAAAUUAAUAAUGUAUACUACUUAUUACGAUCGUAAUCCAUGUAACACUAUUCAUUUAAAACAAUGA